AUGAAUACGAUUUUCCUCCAGAUUUACAUGAUCGCAAAUAUGAACAAUAUCAGUUGGGGAACGCGAUGUUCAACAUCUAGUCCUCAAGAAAAUUCAAUUUACGAACACAUUGCCGCGACAAAGAAAGACUAUUUUUUGAAAAACACCAGCCGAAAAUUUUCAUCAUUUACUGAUCCACUGGAGGAACAAUUCUGGGCAAAAAUGCUCAGCGCUGGAGUUGGUCAUCUAAGUCCCUUGUCUGACGCAAAGAAGAAAUAG